CCCCCCCCCAUCCUCCCUCUCCGGUCACCAACCGCCGCCCGGACCGGCCCCGCUCCCCCCACCCUUCCCUCCAUCCCGGUACCCCCCCCCCCCCCGGCCAUGGGCAGCGCCGCGGGCAGCGGGGCUCCGCGCCGCACCGGGGCCGCUGCUGGGCAUGGGCCAGGCCCGGCCGCCGCUUGAGCGCCGUCGGCACCGGGAGCGUUGUCCGCGCCCGCCCCGGGCGAAGCCCAGGGCGGCGGGUGCCAUGAAUAGCAGCUGCGCGUCCCCCGCCGCCCGCCGCCGCCGCCUCCUGCAACGCCGGGAUCGAUAGAGGCGGGGGCUGCGGACUCACUAUGGCCGGCACCGGCUACACGGACCUGCGGGAGAAGCUCAAGUCCAUGAUGCCCUACCGGGACGGCCACAAAAGCGGCGGCGGCGGCGGCGGCGGCAGCCUCCCCCGGGAACCCCCUGAACCCCCCUACGAUCGCAAACGUCGGCACCAAGAGGACUCCGGCUCCGAGCCCAGCGACUACGAGGAGCAGAAGGAAGAGGAAGAAGCUCGGAAAGUCAAAAGCGGCAUCCGUCAGCUUCGCCUCUUCAGCGCCGAGGAGUGCGCCAAGAUUGAAGCUCGCAUCGAGGACGUGGUGUCCCGGGCGGAGAAAGGGCUCUACAAGGAGCACACGGUGGAUCGGGCGCCUCUGCGGAACAAAUAUUUCUUCGGGGAGGGCUAUACCUACGGGUCUCAGCUGCAGAGACGAGGCCCUGGCCAGGAGCGCCUGUACCCGCGGGGAGAGGUGGACGCCAUCCCCGAGUGGGUGCACGACCUGGUGAUCAGGAAGCUGGUGGAGCACCGGGUGAUUCCCGAGGGCUUUGUGAACAGUGCCGUCAUCAACGACUACCAGCCAGGGGGCUGCAUUGUCUCCCACGUGGACCCCAUCCAUAUCUUUGAGAGGCCCAUCGUCUCCGUCUCCUUCUUCAGCGACUCAGCGCUCUGCUUCGGGUGUAAAUUCCAGUUCAAACCCAUCAGGGUCUCGGAGCCCGUUCUCUUCCUGCCUGUGAAGAGGGGAAGCGUCACGGUGCUCAGUGGAUAUGCAGCCGAUGAAAUUACACACUGUAUUCGACCACAGGACAUCAAGGAGAGAAGAGCUGUCAUCAUCCUUCGAAAAACAAGACUAGAUGCACCUCGAUUGGAAACAAAAUCCCUGAGUAGCUCUGUGUUGCCACCAGGUUAUAACUCUGACCGUCUAUCCGGAAGCAACCGGGACCAGAUCCUGAAACCAAAGCGGUCCCAUCGCAAAGCAGAUCCUGAUGCUGCUCACAGGCCACGCAUUCUAGAAAUGGAUAAAGAGGAGAACAGGCGCUCAGUCCUCUUACCAAAACAUAGGAGACGGAGUAACUUCAGCUCCGAGAACUAUUGGCGAAGGUCUUACGAGUACACGGAGGACUGUGACGAGGAAGAGGAGGACGGCAGCCCAGCCAGGAAAGUUAAAAUGAGGCGACACUGAGGAUUGCACUUUCCAGGCUCAUGGAGCUGAUGAGAUUGGCCUCCAGUCUGUGAAAACUUUCUUCUCCCUCUGGCUAUCUUCCAUCUAGCUUCAGUUUUGGUUUUUCCUUUCAGGCUGAAGAGUAAACAGGAAGGAUCUAGCGAUUUGUUUUUAUGAAUGGAGGAAUGCUGAGACAUAUGUAAGGAUGGAACAUGUCCAGUGCACAUGGUGUCCUGAGUCAUGGGUCAAACGGGCAUCUCUCCCUUAGGAAGCAGAUAAAGUUAUGCCAGGCUGUCUGUUGGAAUUUCUUUUGAAAACACCAAAAAGUUUAACUGUUUCAUUGCGCAAGAUUCAAGAAUUGUAUUUUUGUUUGUGGUUUUUUUUUUUUUUUUUGCUUUAACUUACUUUCUUUCCAAAUGUUCUAAAUAUGAUGUUUGACCCCAGGAGCUGAAACUCUCUGUGGUGGCCUCGUAUUCCUUGCUUCACCAAAGGGCUCCUUGGUCUGCUCUUACCUAGUUGUUGUUGGGUUUGUUUGAAGGGUGCCCUGCAGUAACUGGAAGUUUGAGGUUUUGCAGACCCCUCUUACUGCAAUUGUUUUCAAAGGGUUUAGGAUGUUUUUGUUGCACUUUAGUACCAGUUUUAAAUGCCGUAAGUUUUCUUUCCAGUCCCUUUUCCCAAGCCAGUGUAGGCUCACAGUUUUGUGUCCCUGUGCUGCCCUCUCCGAGAAGAAUGUACUUGAGUUCUGGUUUCUCAGUGCUGGUCUGACCAGGGGUAUGUUUUGGUUGAGAAGGAAGGAAAUGUGGCUGGCUUCACUGAGGCUGGCCCAGCAUUGACCCGAGGUCCGUAUUGGAGCCCCGGGGCUGCUGAGUUGAGUGACUGCAUUGAAUACAUGCUGCUUCCCAGAGCUGGAGAUAGCAAAGAGGAGUAGGGAAAACACUGUGCUUGUGAGGAUGCUUGCCUUGGGAUUCCCCUGAGAGGAGCUGUUUUCCACUGCCUGGGGGGACUGGCUUUUGGCCCCCCCCUGCCCCUUUUAGGUGGAGAGAGUUGAGACGAUGCAGCAUCCCAUCCCGAGGGACCAGCUGUGCUCUGAUGGAGCAGGAACAGGCGCUGCCGUGGCCUCGGGGGAGCCGGGUGGCUCGACUGCGGUUUGUCCCCUCCGAGGCUGGCUCUGGGAGCAGGGACGCUGCAAGGGUUUAGUUUGGCCCCAGUUUAGUGCAUGCUGCAGCUGUUGCCCACCUCCUCCUGGCUUAUUCCUGCCUGUACUCCUGGGGUUGGGAGUUUUCUGGUUGCUGCAGAAAAUGCUGAGAAGAAUUGGGCAUUCGGCCCAGUGGAGUUCGUGUUAGAAAGUCUGCCUCCUUCUUCCUCGUCUCCCACCCGCUUGCGUUAGCCCAGGCCGAAGCCUCGGCGUUUUCAAAGUUUGGGGCCCAACACCAUAUUUAGAACCGUACUUUUAAGAAACUUCCUCCAAUUGAUUCUUUGAGCCCAAGUGUUGGCCGUUGUAAGGAGUAGUCUUAUUUUAAAAUUUUUACUGCUUUGCUCUCCCUCAAACUGUAGUUUUUCUUAGUGUCAUGUCCCCCACACACUUCAUGGUCUUCACGCUUGGCAAUAAAAAGAUGUAAUAUAUUUUGAAACCUAUUUGCUGCUGUCUUGAGAGGCUCCCAGUCAAAAAAAAAAACCCAAAACCAAAACCCAACAAAAAAAAAAAAAAAAAAAACAAAAACCCAAACAAACCCCAGGCGUUGUUCCCCAGAGUGCUGUUCCUUUGUGAUUGAGCACGUUUGCUGACAUCUGGGUCUCUGUGUCCUUUUCCUUCCCUUCCGACUUCUGCAGCUCCUACCACUUGCCCGUUAUCGGGCUUAUUGCUCAGGCUGGAUCUAGCGGUCACAUUAGUGCAAAGGAAAUUACCAUCACCUUCAGCACCACUGAUAUGCAAGGGAUUUGUAGGUGAGGUCCUCAGUGACUGUCUCUGAGUCUCUUUAUCUGAUUGCUUUCCUGGUGAGAGCCCCCGUCGGCUCAGUGCGGAGAUAUGGGCACAGUCUUGCGGCCAGCCUUCAAAGGAACCUGUCUUGUCUGCCCAGAGAUCUGAAACUUCAUGCUUUUGCUGCUUCUGAAACCUUUAAAAAGCCAUUUGCAGACCACGCUUAGCAUUUGAAGUGGUGUUCCUUGCACUCCCAGCUUUCUGUAGAGAAUCCAGGCCAGCUCUUGGCUACCAACCCCGUUUUGGAAAGCUUGGCAUUUCCCCGAUAGCAAAACCGCAUGUAGGGAGCAGCGAUCCCUUCUCGUCCUUACAGCUGGUGCAAACAUCUCUGGCAAGCUAGAGACCUGCUAGCAGGAUGCCUAGCGAUGGCUGUUUCUAAUUGUCUUUCUGGAUUCAUCCUGGAUGUGCCUCGUGCCCUCCUCGGUGUCAGGCUCUGCUGUGGGUGCUGCCAGAGGUCUCAGCUCUGCACAGCCUGCUCUCCCCCCUCCACCAGCUCCCAGUUGUAUUCCUACCUCUGCAAUACGGAUACUCAACUCAAAAGCUGGAGGCAACCUCCCUUUCCAGGGCUGCUUCCCAGAGCAGAGCUCUUGUGGGACAAGGUCUUGGCUCUAUCUCUGUCAAAGGCUGAACAAGGUGGAGAUCUUAGCUCUAGCCCAGUACCAACCAUCGCUUCAUCCUGGUCCUUGUGCAGUCUGUGCACUCGCAGGCAUCCUUCUUCUCUCCCGGUUUGUUUCGGUAUUCCCACAUGCCGUGGUUGGGAGCUCUUCCCCUCCUUCCUUCCUUCCUGCCCUGUAUCUGUGUGGUGGGUCUGAGCUGGCAGCCGUGGCUGGAGGGACGGGAGGAGCUCCUCGCUGGAGCCACUUUCCAGCCACCAUCUGUUUUCAUGUCCUCUUGGUUUUCAACCUGACUGGUUGGGGCUUGACACCUUGGAGAGAGUGGGACGCAGUUGGUCUGACCCGUGGCAUCUCUUGGGCAAGGAGUCCCCAGUGUGUAGGUGGGCCAUCUUCCCCACUUGUACAGACAUUUUCUAUACACACGAAUGUAUAUGUGUAGAUAACAUGGUUUUUUAACUCUUUUGCACUGAACAACAUCGGAGUGAAACCUUGAUUCGAAACCAGAAGACACAUUUUUCACGUGGAUCCAGAUGUCUAGAUCCUUUACUGUAACCUAUCUGGUAAAACGGUGGCUCAAAAACACUGGUGAUGCCCGUACCCGUUCUCUGUCGCCAGCUGUGUUGGGCUGCUGCAGGCUUUGGGUCAGGCUGGUGGCAUGGGUCUGGUGUGGAGGGUGGAGGGUGAGUGAGCUCCGAUUCGGAGGCAAAACUUCUCCGCGUCUGCUCUGUGGGAUGGGCUCAUGAGCAGACCUGACCCCGUUGGCUUUGUCGUGUCUCUGGUCCGGUCGUGCGGUCCGACCUCCUCUCCAUCCACCCACAGCGUGUCGUUUGUGUAACCCGCUCAGCCCGAAACUGGGAAUAAGGCUACAUCCGAUGUGACGAUCCCAUGCACCCAGACCCACAGCCCAGACCAUGAGAACUGUCUUUCCUAAGGAAGGUGGGGUUUGUCCCUGCUUUUCUGCAAACAGCAGGAGGAUUUGGGGUUUGUUACUGUUACCCAUUUCUUGAGAAGAGUUGGUGGUUGGACUAAAUUUCUUGGCAUUGGUUGCGUGGGCUUGAUAUAUCCAUUGGAAGAUGGAAAGAGAAGGGAAGGCUGUUUGAUGGGGGUAAGAGGUGAGCUGGCCAAGGGAGGGGCUCGGUUUGCCGGCGGGUCCCUGCCCGGCUGGGCUGGGCCUGCAGCGUGGGAGUUCUGGUUGCCACAUCUGGCUCCACGCCUGCUGAACUGUCAUCCAGCUGUUAGUCAGGCGAGACCUGGGACACCCGGGAGCUGCGAUCCUGAUCCCGAGGCUCGGCUCAUCCCGGGGGUCCCUGGGGCUGCCAACCCCCUCUCCGGGGUGAGCCGGCACCGGCACGAGCCGACAUCUGCCAGGGUGAGAGCUCGGGCCUUUGACUUUUGGCACUGUUCAUAUCUAGUGCUUGCCCCUAUGUGGUUUGAGCCCCAUGGGUGGAAACAGCUGCCAUGCUUUGAGGUUGGCCUGGGGGGCCAGGGUCUGGACCCCCACCAGUGGCAAAUAGUCUUUUAUCUGCCAAAAGCGUUCCCUUUCCCAGUCGGGAGGAGAAAUAUUCGACUGAGAAGCGUGUCUUUGCUCCUUCCCGUGCCCCUGCCCACACUUACAAGUUCUGGCUGACUUUAAUUUUGUUUUUUAAAGAUUCUAAUUUUUUUUUUUUUGUUACGAAUAAAAAUAAAAAAGAAAUAAAAAAGAAAGUGGCAAUAUUUUUUUCUGUAAGCUUUUCCUAGGAAAAAGCGUGGUUUGUAACAAAGUUGUACAGUUCUGAAGUUUGAGAUACGAGAAGUACUGUGUGAAACGCUGUAAAUGGGGCAGAGAUUAUUUUAUGUACAGUCUGAUGCGGGGGGAAUCUUUUAAUUCUGGUUGAUUCUUAGGAAGAAUUUGGUUCUUCACUGUCAGGGUUUGGAAUUUCAUGGUUUCAUUAUUUUUUUUUUUUUCUUGUAUAGAUUGCUGCAUUAAUUGAAUAAAAGCAGAAAGCAUCA